GAAACAUCGCUUUUAAAUGUUGGUUAAAUGUUGGCAAUAAUAUAAAUAAAUAUUUACGAAAUGAACUUACAUGAAAAUAGUUUUAUAACCAUUAAGCUAGUUAAGUAAAGUAUAAAUACAUUUUUAUAGGUUUUAUUAUCUGUGGAUUUUACAAUGAUUCACAGUUUGCUUAUCAUCAACCAUUCUGGGGAUAUAUUUCUGGCAAAACAUCGGAGAAGUGUUUUGGGACGCUCUGUUUGUGAUUAUUUCUUCGAAGCUCAAGGAAAGGCUACUUCUCCAGAAGACAUUCCUCCUGUAAUUGCAACAGGAUUCAGUUAUCUCAUCAGUAUAUUUCGCCAUGAUCUUUUCUUUGUUUCUGUUGUUGAAAGUGAAGUAUGAGCAGUCAUCUCCCAACUGGUCAAUUGUCCAAUGUUCCAUGGAGGAGAACUGAUGUAAAAU